GUAAAAGUAAAGUUAAAUUUAAGUCGAAGAAAAUGAUCAAAACAAGAAAUUAGGUGGUGGGAGUGUAAUUUGCAGAAAGAAGUAAAAUUUUCCGUAGUUGGACUCUGAAGAAGUUCCAAGCCUAGUCUUUGGCAAAGCAAAACAAGUUUCCUAUCCCAAGCUGCACAGAGGAAAGAAAAACGCCUUGCAUUGAGUACAGGAUCUUCAUUCCAAUUAGAUUGGAUAUCAGCAACACAAAAAAGCCCUAAUUGGAAUAGCAGAGAGUUGAAAAUGUCGUGGUUCAAAUCAGCGAUGAGUAAAGCGGUGGAGGUUGGGAAUAAGAACAACCUGACUCGCACAGUCAAGAACUACGCCGACUCCGUUGUUCAACAAGCCGGUCAAGCUGUUUCCGAAAUCCUCCACGAUCGUAUUGGGAAUAGGAACUUCAAGAGUUUCAAACAGACGGUCAAAAGAUUGGAAGAAGCUUCUGUUUCUUGUAGGGGACCAGAGAGAGUUCAAUUGAUGAAAAGAUGGUUAGCUGUAAUUCAAGAAAUUGAAAAGAGGACCGAGGUUUCUGCUGCAGAUAAGGAAAAGAUCAACGAGCAGCAGUAUACUUCUGAAGAAACAAAAGAGACUCCAAGAAAACAAUCUCUGGUUCUCUAUUAUGAUUCAGAGAUGGGUGGUGAACCAAUGAACUUUCGUGACGUCUUUCUUUACAGUCAAGCUUUGGAGGGCAUAUCAAUAUGUAUGAUUCUUGAAGCUCCAAAUGAAGAAGAAGUCUCUCUCCUUCUUGAAUUGUUUGGAUUGUGUCUCACUGGAGGAAAAGAGGUGCACUAUGCAAUAGUCAGCAGUAUCCAGGAUCUGGCAAAAGCUUUCUCAAGCUACCAAGAUGAAGUAUUGGUAAAGCGAGAUGAGCUGCUCCAGUUUGCAGAAAAUGCUAUCACUGGUUUGAAAAUUAAUGCUGAUCUUGGGAGAAUUGAUGCUGAAGUCUCCUCGUUGAAGAAAAAACUUGGUGAAAUAAAAGCAGCGAAGGACCCAAAUGAUGAGGGUCAUGAAGUGAUGUCCCAAGAGACCGUUGCUUCAAUAGAGGCUCUGAAAGAAGCACUUGCACAUAUUCGGGUCUGCUCCAAAUUAGAAGGACUUCUACUGAAGAAAAAAGCUCUUAAAUAUGGGGACUCUCCUGAAGUCCAUGUUCAGAAGGUUGAUAAGUUAAAAGUCUUAUCUGAAUCUCUUGCUAGCUCCACCUGCAAAGCUGAAAAGAAGAUCUCAGACCACAGAAUUCAGAAAGAAGAGGCACUAAAAUUUCGUGUGGCCAAGACUAGCGAAGUUGGUGAAGUAGAGGAGGAAUUAGCGGCUGAGAUUUCUACACUGGAGAAACAACGAGAUGAGAUUGAAGCUCAAUUGAAACAGGUUAAUAUCUCAUUGGCUGCGGCUAAUGUACGCCUUCAAAAUGUCCGAGAAGAGAGGGACCAGUUCUAUGAAGCUAAUGAUCAGAUUGUUGCUCAUUUGAAAACUAGGGAAGAUGAGCUGACGAAAUCCAUUGGCUCUUGUAAAGUUGAAGGAAAUAUCCUGAGUACAUGGAUUAAUUUUUUAGAAGAUACUUGGACACUUCAGUCUUCAUUUACAGAGAGUAAAGACAAGGAUGUCAAUGUUGAACUUGAAGAGCAUGAGGUUUAUUUUGGGAACUUGGUGGUGCAACUCCUCUCUUCUUUUGAGAAAGAGUUGAGGCCUUCUAUUGAUCGCAUAGCUAAAUAUGUUGAAAACUUGAAGACUUUAGGUGAAGGGUCAGUUGUGGGAUCUGGUGGGUCAAAAUCAUUGAGUCCGAAGAAAAAUCUGGAGGAGGAAUACUUGGACUAUGAAACCAAGAUUGUGACCACCUUUAGUGUAGUUGACAACAUGAGGGAGCAGUUCUACACUCAACAACAGAAAAUCUGCAGGAAAGACGAUCCAAAAAUAAAAAAGCUAUUUGAAAGCAUUGAGAAGCUAAGAAAGGAAUUCGAAUCGAUUGAAAGACCGAAUCUGGAAAUGGAAAUCCCAGUCGAAGAGGAAGACGCUUCUUCCCAUGAAAUGGUAGAUGGUAAUAUUUCGCAUCCUUCAGAGCAGGCCAUAGAAACUGCUGUAUCAGGGGAAAAGAAGAAAAAUGAGCCGCCAUCUGCCAAAACAGAGCAGGUCCUGGACCCUGAAGCAGAGUUGGCAAAGCUAGAAUCUGAAUUUGGUAAGAUAAAUCGCGAUUACUCCGCGGAAGAGAUUGGUGACUGGGAAUUUGAUGAGCUGGAGAAAGAGUUGAAAUCUGGUGACUCAGCAACGAGCAAAUAGAUACAAACACCUAUUCAGAUAUAUUUGGUCCUUUUCUAAUAAUGUAUAAGUAGUCAUGUAUGUACGCAGGUUAAGCAACUCUUGAGAUUUAAGCUCAUAAAUUGUCCAAUUUGUUCUUUGUAGGUUGUUUCACUAAAUGCAGUUCCAUGCACUAAUUCUGUAAAUUCUCAAAGUUGGGGUUGUACAACUGCAGUUCACUAAACAAACCUGUAGGAAAUUUGUUUAGCUAUAUAGAUUGUAAACAUUCAAAUAUGUCUUCACAAUCAAAGACAUUGUUCAAACUUUGGGAA